AUGAAUCCCAUUAUACGCCACCACGCCAUUCCUAACGGCGUAGUGAGAGUUGUAACUAGUCUAAGAAGUAAGCAUACUGCAGCACGAACGCGCCGGAAGGAUGCCAAAACAGCGUGGUUCAAGGACCCGCUGGCGGCGGCACAAAACACUGACAGACAGCAUGUCAAACAUUUUGACACUAACAUACUACGUACUCCACGCGACAAGAUAAUGCAAAAAAUUGUACAACAACGCAAAAAUAGAACCGCUAAACAAAAUGAUGGAAACUAUAAUCUAUACCAAUUGGCAGAUGAAUACCUAAAUAUCGAACAUGAUGUUAAGGCAUUUACGCCAUCACAAGAAACUAUAUUACAGAAGCAAAUCGGUAAUCUGUUGCAACAGAGGUUCAAUUAUAACCCAAUAUCAAACAUACAAUUAUAUGAUGGUAGGGAGGAGAAAAGGGUUAUUGUCAAAGAACAGAUAUCCAGAUCGAGUAGUAAAGGUUUUUCAGAAAUUGGUGACAGUGACCAUUGUGAAGAUCAUGGUACAGAGCAAAGCUCUGGGCCUAAGAUACAACAAACAGAGGGGCACCCAAACGAGAGGAUUGUUAGGAGUUUAAAAGAUGUUGCUUUGCCAAACGGCACUAUUAUAGAUGUAGACAUUUCGGCAUUUGAAAAGGAAGAGGAUGAUAUGGAUACAUUCCAGGUGCUGGACACUGCAAAGGUGAAUACUGAACUGUUGCGCCUAUGGACAUCAGAUGAUAUCAUACAGGCGGUAUACUUCAACGAUUAUCUUCUUCCAACGCUUUCAAGCGAUGCUGAAACAGAAUAUUACCAUAUCAGGAAUAAGGCGGCCAUAUUGGAUAAAUCAUACUCGUUACCGAUGCUUGUAGAGGGAACACACGCAUCAGAUUUCUUGGAACAUUUUGUCACUGUUGCUGUGAAGCAAAUGGUGCCCGGGGUUACGCAGUAUACGCCCGUCAUAGAUACAAAGGGAUCGGUGAUGGAUAUGGCAUAUAUAGCAAGGUAUGACAACGAUUAUUUGUUAGUAACAAACGGGCUGCAAAAACGCAAUGUAUACGAUUACAUGACCACUUACCUUGUAUCUUGCAGGCGAUCUGGUCUAGAUGUCAGUUUGAGGCCGUUAGUGUCGAGUGCAGUCAUCAGUAUCCAGGGUCCGAAGUCUGCAGAAUUGUUACAAAAAAUCACACUGACAACGGGCGAUAAUAGUGCUGUGGGCGGAACGUAUGAUGCGUAUAUCUCAUUGCCGACGACAUUUGCCGAAUUCAUGAAAUGUUUCGAAGGCACUAUAACGUACCCCGAUAACCAUGAAGAUAACAAGUUGAAAACAGAGCGUAUUCGUGGAAUGAGGAUAAGUGAUGUUGGGGAGGACGGUUUUGAGCUUGUUCUAAGCUCUGAGGCAGCAACCACGUUGGUAAGGACUUUGCUAAAGCAACAAGACGUUUGUGCUGUUGCAUUCAAAGCGUAUGAUUCAGCAAGGAUGGAAGCAGGGAUUAUGCGUUCCGAUAUAGAUUUACCAACGGAAUCAUCGCCAAUACAAGCUUCGGUGGCAUGGUCCGUGGAUACUAAGAAAUUGAGAUCUGGUUCCCUUUUCGGCAGGAAGCAUAUGGCGGCGCAACUUAUUAACGGGGUCGCUAAAGUAGACGAACAAAAGUGUUACGUAGGUGGCAGAAACGUGCCGCUACAACCCGCAAGAAACCAAUUGCACCAGGAAAGGGAACAAGUAACGGCCAGCGAAGAGCCACCUAGUGUGACGACAGGAGAAGGCGAUGCUACAGUUGGGAGACAGGACCAAGUGCCACGUGUAAAAACACGUAAACAGCUAUGGAAAGAAAUUAUAGCUAAACAACGUAGCAAGAACGCGAAGACACUUGAACUUGCGAUUAAGCAAUUAGAAGAAGCAAGGGUUAACGCUCAUCUCGAGAAAGAAGUGAAGCAAGAAGGAUCUCAUACACAAAGUGGACCAUUGCAAGUAGAACGCAUCAACAUCGCACCCCGAGCCGAUAUUGCCCUGGAAGAUGUGAUACAAUACUACAGGGAACUUCACAGUGGGACUGUACCGUCCAGACACAGGCGUUACAGGCCGCCAAUUGUGGCGAGCGCUCUAUUACAGACAGAAGUGGCUAUCGGUUUUCGUGGACACAAACCAGAUAUACUGCUCAACGAUACAGGUAGUAGGAAAUUUUUAAAUGCUGUAGCUUUGGAUGGAGAAACAAGAUCAUUUGAUCAAAAGGCAGGAACGAAAUUAAUUAAAACACCAAACAAAACAGUACACAAAUCCGCACAUUUAAUAGGAAUACCCGUAACAAUGACUAUGACACAAGAACCUACGUCAGUACCGAAGGAACAUGUUAUAGACGAUCUGAAAGCUAAAGGUGUCAGAUUCGACUGGGAAUACUCACCUUAUGACUUCGGUGCAGAUGCUAACGGCCAGCUAUACCUUAAAAUCGGAACGGAGGGGAUGGUCAAAGUAGAGGAAGUGGCGGGUCACUUCUUCAACUACAUCAAGGAUAUAGUUGUAUCGAAACUCAAAAAAUCCAAAGUAUGGACACCAAAAGAUGGAAAUCUCACAAUAAUAGCUGUAAUCGCAAUACCAUGCAACUAUACACAAAACCAAAGGAGAGCGAUUGUUUUCGCAGCAGAAAGUGCAGGAAUGAAUGUGGCAGGAACAGUUCAUGGGAUCACAGCAGCAUCAACCAUGCGCGCAUUCGAACAGGCACCAGGUAAAAAGAGGAUACUAUUCUGUGACAUUGGAAGCUCGGGGGCCAACGUUGGGGUCAUAGAGAUCAACGUGCCAGAAAAGGAUAGGAAAAAAACUAAAGCAAACACUGAAACGCAAAUUAAUGUACUCUCUUGUGUCGCGAAUCAGGGGAUAGGUGGUAGACACCAUGAUGUUGCACUUGCGCAACAUCUGAGGAAUAUUUUCGAAACGAAAACCAAAAUUAAGCUCAUGCCACAAUAUCCUAAUGCCUUACAAAAAUUAAUCAAGGCAGCAAAUAAAGCAAAAAUCGCACUCACAAUUGCCGAUUCAACAUAUGUAAAUAUAGAAGGGAUUAUCAAAAAUGUAGACUUCACAAAAGAAAUAGUCACAAGACAGACAUUCAACCAACUCAUUGCGGAGUCGAUCGAUAGGCUCGGAGAAACGGUUAAAAUGGCGCUGGAACAAGCAGGGGGGAUCAAAAUCGAGGAGUUGGAUGGAGUGGAACUUAUCGGCGGCUCUUCAAGAGUACCCGCUCUACAGGAAAAACUAGCCGAUAUUGUAAAACCACAUGCUCUAGGGUUCCAUCUUAAUGCUGAAGAAGCUGUCGCAGUUGGGGCCGGAUAUCUUGCCGCAGCACAUAACCCUUUCUUCAAAAUGAGAAGUGCUAAUAUAGGAGAUAACAGUGUGUACAUGUAUGCUAUCAAAAUAGUGUCAAAGGACAAUACCCAUCCAGACGCUAUCGAAAAAUAUACCCCGCUAUUCAAACCGAGUGGGAAACUACACGGAGCGAAAAGUGUCGUAUUUAAAACCAAGCUGGAUGUAGAAGUAUAUUUGAAGGAAAACGAACAGGAUAUAGCUAUAUAUCAUGUUACAGGGAUCACGGAUAACAUGGAAAAGGAAGAAAACCGUGGAAAAUUAGCACAAAUUACUCUAACAUUCAUGGCAGAUGAUAGGGGUAUCAUCUCAGUUGUGAAGACCAACGCCACAGUAAUCGAUGAUGCAACUAACGAGGAGGGGGCCACGGAACAACGCAAAGAAGAAACAACAGAUGCUGCGACAGAAGACAAGGAACAGGAACCUCAAAAUGAACAAGAGGUUAAGGAUACAGAAAACAAGAAAGAAGAAGCAGAAGAAAAGGUUCAGGAACAAACUACUGAAAAUCAAGAUAAAAAGGAAGAAAAGAAACCGGUAACAUUCGAUCUCAACGUAGAGGUGAUGAACAUCUACGAUGCCUUCACACCAGAAAAUUUAGAAAAAUCGAAAGCAGCUAUCGAUGCACUGAGUAGACGUGAUAUGGAUGUUGCAAAACGAUCAGAAAGCAAAAACUUACUAGAGUCACUUAUAUACAAGUACAAAGGAGCGGCCAAAGAACAGGGGUUCCAGGCGGCAUGUGAUGAGGACACGUUGAAAAAGAUAGAUGGCAUGAUCAAAGAAUACGAGGAAUGGUUUGAUGAAGAAUCAUACAAUGCAACACUGCAACAGUUUGAUGAACGUAUCGAGAAAAUCGAGUAUAUCGCAAAACCCGUACACCACAGGUGGUCGGAAAAUGAGUCACGUCCAGCGCUAGUUGUAUCAACCCAAAAGGCAAUCAACAAGUUGAUCAAAUCGUUCGAAGAACUCGUUGAGAAGAAACCGUACGUUGUGGAAAUGACUGAACUUGUAGAAAGGUUUCAGAAUGUUCAAAAGUGGUGGGAAGACGCACAGAAACAACAAGAUGAGCUGCAACCACAUGAGGAGCCUGUGUUUAACGCAAAUUCAAUUAAAAUUCAAAUAGAAAUUGCGAAACAGGCAUUGUCUACGUUACAAAAAACGCCACAACCAAAACCUCCGAAAGAAGAGAAUCCAAAGGAGGAACCCGAACAACACAACGAAGAGAAACAGACGGAGGAGCAACAGCAAGGUGAACAAGAAAAGGUGGAAGAACAGGACAGUGCAGACGAACCAAUCGCCACUGAUGAGCUAUGA